GUGCCCGGUUUCCUCCUACCCUAUGCUGGUCGCCGUCGUAUGCGCGAAAUAUUCUUGAGUAGGGCGUAAAACACCAAUCAAACAAACAAAUAGAUUAAGGUUAAUUCGGUUAAUUUCAGCAAUUCUGAAAUUAAUACAUAGCGGUACUUGAAAUAUACAAACAGUGAGGUUGAAUAUCAAGGUUGUUUUGGAAAUUGAAUUCACCACAUGGUGAAACUACAUCUGGAUUGGGAGCUCGCUGGUUCAGAUGGUGAAAGCACAAGCUGGCUGUGACUAACAAGUCCUUAAUUGACCAAGGUGGCGUGUUCAAAUCCAGCUGUCACUGUUUCAACUGCAACUGUUGGUUUACUAUGGGCACUGGAGGAUUUGAUAAAAUUCCAAGCAAGGUCUGUGGAUACGUGCCAAGAGGGCACAGUCCAGGCCAACUGAACCUGGACAGAAUUGUUCCCCCUGCUGACCAGCGACACAUGUCGCUGGCAUCAGCCUAUGCUUUAGCAGCUGCCAGUGAAGCCUUGAUACAGGCCAACUGGAAACCCAUUUCCGAAGCAGAUCAACGGAGAUCAGGUGUGGCCAUUGGGCUGGGUAUGUGUGAUUUAGAUGUCAUUGUUGACGCUGGGCUUGCUCUUCGGGUGAAAGGAUACAACAAAAUCAGUCCAUAUUUUAUCCCAACCAUACUGACAAACAUGGCAGCUGGUUGGGUUAGCGUUAAGCAUGGGCUACAGGGACCAAACCAUUCCGUGUCUACUGCCUGUACAACAGGUGUCCAUUCCAUUGGAGAUGCCUUCAAGAUGAUCCAGCGAGGUGAUGCGGAUGUGAUGGUUGCAGGAAGUACAGAGGCUGUGAUAGGACCCUUGUCAAUGGCCGGGUUCAGUCGCUUGAAGGCGCUGAGCACACGUUACAAUGACACUCCAGAGCAAUCAUCUCGUCCAUUCGACAAAGGGCGUGACGGUUUUGUCAUGUCCGAGGGCUCUGGAAUGGUCGUGUUGGAGAACUUAGAGCAUGCUUGGAAACGAGGCGCCAGUAUCUAUGGAGAAAUUAUGGGAUAUGGACUGUCUGGUGAUGCUCAUCACUUAACAGCACCCAGGGCUGACGGAAUUGGGGCACAGCAAUGCAUGAUGGGAGCCCUGAAGGAUGCUGGGAUUGAAGCAGAAGAGGUUGGCUACAUCAAUGCACACGCCACGUCAACUCCACUUGGCGACAUUGCUGAAAGUCAAGCAAUCCAAUCAGUUUUCCAAGAACGUGCUGGGAAUCUUGCUGUGUCCUCCUCAAAGGGAGCAGUUGGACAUCUUUUGGGCGGGGCUGGAAGUGUGGAAGCCAUUUUCACCCUUUUGGCUUGUCACACAGGAGUUAUUCCCCCUACCAUUAACCUGAAAAAUCAGGACCCGGAGUGUGCAGAUUUAAACUUUGUCCCUAACCAAUCACAAAACUGGUCAGACACUACCAGAAGAAUAGCUCUUACGAACUCUUUUGGUUUUGGAGGAACAAACUCAUCCCUCUGUAUUGGUCAGUUUGUCUCAUGAAAGGCCAUGUAUGCACAAGUUUGUAGUGAAUUAUGAUCUUUUUUCAGAAACUGAAAACCACAUGUACUUAGUAUAUGAACAGUUUUUUCAAGCACUAGUGUAUAUUUAUUCAGUCCUCUUCAACUGUUAAUGACAAGGUGUGCCAACAACCUGCAGAUGGUCGUGGAUUUCCCCGAGCCCGGUUCCGCCCGCCAUAAUGCCGGCCGGUGUUGUAUAAGUGAAAUAUUUUUGAGUACGGCGU